AGCGCAGCGAGCGGCGCCAUGGCCGGGUGCGAGGUGGUGCGGGUGAGCGGCUACGACCGGUGCAGCCGGGCGAUGGAGGACAACCGCGGCAGGACCGUCUUCGUCUACUUCGUCGGCUCCAAGGACGCCGAAGGCCGGAACUGGUGCUCGGACAGCGAGCGGGCUGAACCGAUUGUACAGGAGGCCAUGAAAUACAUUCCUGCGGGAGCUGUAUUCAUCUACUGCCAAGUAGGAGACCGAUCAUACUGGAAAGAUCCAAACAAUGAAUUUCGAAAGAACUUGAAGAUAACUGCUGUGCCCACUCUACUUAAAUAUGGGGCUCCUAAGCAGCUGGUGGAGGUUGAAUGUAGCCAGGCAGAUCUGGUGCAGAAGUUCUUUGCGGAAGACUGACUCUCCUUUUUUUAAUCUCCUGACUUUUUCUAAACCAUUUGCUAGCUUGACAUAUGAUCCCUUUAACACUUUCCCAGACAUGAAACUAAAAACUGAACAGGUGUGGCGGGUGCCUGCGACCCCUUGGCUUGAAUAAAUUACUUCGAAUCAA